CCCAAAGUGCUAGGAUAACAGGCGUGAGCCACUGCGCCCAGCCCCUACUAUCUUUUAAAACAUCUCAUCUUUCUAUAUCUAUUCCCAAACUUAUCUAGUCCCUUCACAGCAAAACCUCUCUCAAAUUGCAUACAUGUGCUGUCUCCAUUUCCUCACUUUCCUGGUCACUUUUCAACCCAUUCCGGUCAAGUCCACCUCCCUGAUAUACCCACGUGAAUCAAGCCAAGGCCAUUAGUGACAUUCUCCAGUGACUUGCAAGGUGACCCAAUCCAAUAGCCACAUCUCUGGCCCAAGUUUAUCACACCGCUCAGCUGAUGCCUCCUACCUGAAACCUUCUCUGCCCAGGGAUUCCACAACUCAGCGCUAGAUUUCAUGACUUCCUAGAUGCUCCCUUUUAGACUCCUUCUCCAUUACUCUCCCAAUAUUGGAGUGCCCCAGGAUUUGGCCAUGGAAUUUCUCUUCACUCUUUCCUCCAAGCCAAGCCAGGGGUCAUAAACUGACAGCUCAUCUGUGUGGUUUAAUCAACUCACGAAGUUUAAAAACAUCUGAUUCAGUUGCUAACAUCUAAAAACUCUGGAAAUUUGACAUCUUAAAAAUACAGAUUUUUUAUUCCUUUAAGGGGAAAAAAAAAAAAAAGAGUAUGUUACUGGGCCAGCAUUCUCACAAGGGAACGGUCAGCUGGAUGGAGCAGAAGCUGCUCCCUAGAUGCUGGGUCCAUUUGAUAUCUAAGGGAAGAGUCAUAUUCCCUGUAAGUACCAAAAGGCUCUCCUCCCAGAGCCACCAGCACCUUGCAGUCAGUUCUUGGUCAACUUGACUGCAGGUUGGGAAGGGUCCGCAGGCGGCUCCUGGGGAGGGGUGGGACUGAAGGUCUCCGCCCACAGAGAACAGCUCUCCCGCAAAGACAAGAAAUGCACGUUUCCACAGAAUUACACAGCACUAAAUACAGAAACUCCUUUCAGUAAAAAGCGACUGCUAUGAACGUGUUAAAGCAUCAAGUCUGGUCUUCCGCCGCCUCUCCGGGCUGAGGUGGCCUGGGGACACCAAGAGGACGCCCUCCCACUCUUCUCUCGCACCCGCUUUUAGGUGGCCCUCUUCUAGGGCGGAGACAUCACCAAAAGCCGCUGAACAAGGACAGCCCUUCCAGUCGUCGCUCGCGGACACGGAGCUGGGAAGGCGCGGGAACCGACCGGGUCUUACUCGGUGGCGGGCAGCUGAGACGUUCGGAGGGCGGGUCGGGCCUGGCUGGGGCGGAGACUGGGCGGGGCCGGGCCCGGGAGCCUCCUCAGCCCCACUGGCUUGCCCCGCGCGCGCUUCCUCCAGCCACCCCCACUUCCCCAACCCUGUACGGGUUCAGGGGGCCAGAGACAGCAGCUAGGGAAUAAGGUCAAGCGGACUGAAUCCGGCACCGCCCAGGGGCGGCGGCCUCCGCCCAGGAAGCCCCACCCAGCGGGAGCCAGGACGCCGCGGCGCCGGCAGAGCCCACGCGCGACCCGGCGGGGGCGCGGGAGGGCGCGUGCGGCGUGACGACGCGACUCGCGGCGCGUCCCGUGACGCCAUCGCGCCCGCUUUUGAAAGUUGGCGCCCGGGGCCGCCUCCCAUGCUGCCCUGCGCCAACCCCUCCCCUCACCUUUCCUCCCCCGCCCUCUACUCGCAGCCCGGCCGGCCCCCCCACCCGUCCCUUCCCUUAUCAGCACCCGCGGCCCCGGCAGCGCCGACGCAGGCGCACUGCACCGCGCCGCCGCCAUUUUGUGUCUGAGCCUGUGGAGCGAUUAAACCGUGCGCGGAGCUGCUUCUUUGGCGGCAGCGGCGGCGGCGGUAGCCGGUGCGGACGCGCGGAGCUCGCCGGGGACGCCAGGUGGCCGGAGCCGUGGAGCGGCGGCAGAGCGGGCGCCGCGGGGGGUGUGGCGCGGAGAAUGAUUACGGACCUGAAGCCAAAGAACAAGAUGCGCUAGUGGACAGAUUGCUGACCAGGGGCUUGAGAGCUGGGUUCUGUUUUCCCUCCUCAAACUGACUUUGCAGCCACGGAGAGGCAGGGGAAAUGGAAGGUGAUGCAGUUGAAGCCAUUGUGGAGGAGUCCGAAACUUUUAUUAAAGGAAAGGAGAGAAAGACUUACCAGAGACGCCGGGAAGGGGGCCAGGAAGAAGAUGCCUGCCACUUACCCCAGAACCAGACAGAUGGGGGUGAGGUGGUCCAGGAUGUCAACAGCAGUGUACAGAUGGUGAUGAUGGAACAGCUGGACCCCACCCUUCUUCAGAUGAAGACUGAAGUAAUGGAGGGCACAGUGGCUCCAGAAGCAGAGGCUGCUGUGGACGAUACCCAGAUUAUAACUUUACAGGUUGUAAAUAUGGAGGAACAACCCAUAAACAUAGGAGAGCUUCAGCUUGUUCAAGUACCUGUUCCUGUGACUGUACCUGUUGCUACCACUUCAGUAGAAGAACUUCAGGGGGCUUAUGAAAAUGAAGUGUCUAAAGAGGGCCUUGCGGAAAGUGAACCCAUGAUAUGCCACACCCUACCUUUGCCUGAAGGGUUUCAGGUGGUUAAAGUGGGGGCCAAUGGAGAGGUGGAGACACUAGAACAAGGAGAACUUCCACCCCAGGAAGAUCCUAGUUGGCAAAAAGACCCAGACUAUCAGCCACCAGCCAAAAAAACAAAGAAAACCAAAAAGAGCAAACUGCGUUAUACAGAGGAGGGCAAAGAUGUAGAUGUGUCUGUCUACGAUUUUGAGGAAGAACAGCAGGAGGGUCUGCUAUCAGAGGUUAAUGCAGAGAAAGUGGUUGGUAAUAUGAAGCCUCCAAAGCCAACAAAAAUUAAAAAGAAAGGUGUAAAGAAGACAUUCCAGUGUGAGCUUUGCAGUUACACGUGUCCACGGCGUUCAAAUUUGGAUCGUCACAUGAAAAGCCACACUGAUGAGAGACCACACAAGUGCCAUCUCUGUGGCAGGGCAUUCAGAACAGUCACCCUCCUGAGGAAUCACCUUAACACACACACAGGUACUCGUCCUCACAAGUGCCCAGACUGCGACAUGGCCUUUGUGACCAGUGGAGAAUUGGUUCGGCAUCGUCGUUACAAACACACCCACGAGAAGCCAUUCAAGUGUUCCAUGUGCGAUUACGCCAGUGUAGAAGUCAGCAAAUUAAAACGUCACAUUCGCUCUCAUACCGGAGAGCGUCCGUUUCAGUGCAGUUUGUGCAGUUAUGCCAGCAGGGACACAUACAAGCUGAAAAGGCACAUGAGAACCCAUUCAGGGGAAAAGCCUUAUGAAUGUUAUAUUUGUCAUGCUCGGUUUACCCAAAGUGGUACCAUGAAGAUGCACAUUUUACAGAAGCACACAGAAAAUGUGGCCAAAUUUCACUGUCCCCACUGUGACACAGUCAUAGCCCGAAAAAGUGAUUUGGGUGUCCACUUGCGAAAGCAGCAUUCCUAUAUUGAGCAAGGCAAGAAAUGCCGUUACUGUGAUGCUGUGUUUCAUGAGCGCUAUGCCCUCAUCCAGCAUCAGAAGUCACACAAGAAUGAGAAGCGCUUUAAGUGCGACCAGUGUGAUUAUGCUUGUAGACAGGAGAGGCACAUGAUCAUGCACAAGCGCACCCACACCGGGGAGAAGCCUUAUGCCUGCAGCCACUGCGAUAAAACCUUCCGCCAGAAGCAGCUUCUCGACAUGCACUUCAAGCGCUAUCACGACCCCAACUUCGUCCCUGCGGCCUUUGUCUGUUCUAAGUGUGGGAAAACAUUUACACGUCGGAAUACCAUGGCAAGACAUGCUGAUAAUUGUGCUGGCCCAGAUGGUGUAGAGGGGGAAAAUGGAGGAGAAACGAAGAAGAGUAAACGUGGAAGAAAAAGAAAGAUGCGCUCUAAGAAAGAAGAUUCCUCUGACAGUGAAAAUGCUGAACCAGAUCUGGACGACAAUGAGGAUGAGGAGGAGCCUGCUGUAGAAAUUGAACCUGAGCCAGAGCCUCAGCCUGUGACCCCAGCCCCACCACCCGCCAAGAAGCGGAGAGGACGACCCCCUGGCAGAACCAACCAGCCCAAACAGAACCAGCCUAUCAUUCAGGUUGAAGACCAGAAUACAGGUGCAAUUGAGAACAUUAUAGUUGAAGUGAAAAAAGAGCCAGAUGCUGAGCCCGCAGAGGGAGAGGAAGAGGAGGCCCAGCCAGCUGCCACAGAUGCCCCCAACGGAGACCUCACGCCUGAGAUGAUCCUCAGCAUGAUGGACCGGUGAUGGUGGAGCCUUGUGCGUCGCCAGGACUGCUCUGGGCUGUGUUUAAACGGCCCGCAUCUUAAUUUUUCUCCCUUCUUUCUUUUUUUGGCUCUGGGAAAAGCAUCAUUUUACCAAACAUACCAAGAACGAAAACUUCAAGGAUGAUGUUAGAAAAAAAUGUGAUUUAACUAGAACUUGCUGUCUGAUGUUAGCAAAUCAUGGAAUGUUCUGAGUCCCCGAGGGUUUACUGUGAAGUGCUGAGGAGAGUGUUGACGACUAACUUGUUUUCCUAGAUGGAAACAGAGACAUUGACCCCUCCCUCCAUGUGGUAAACCACUCCAGAAUGGCCACCAGGUUUCCCAGAGUUCUAUGGUCUUCUUCCCAAGAGAGUUUUUAAUUGUAAAUGCAUACUUGGGAAGGACUUAGACUUUUAAACUGUUUUUUGCUUUUGCUUUUCCCUGACUCCCUUUGCUUGGAGUCAGCUGCACACCAGUAGUAUGGCAUGCUACGAUCAGGUUCUGUCCUGAAAGCUUUGCCUCUUUCUUGGCAAAGUUUCUGGUAUGGUCAAGCUUGUAAAUAACUUUUUUUACAUUUUAAUCUUUUCCAUUAAUUAAGAGGUUGAAAAGAAGUGCAGUGUAAGAAAACCCAGCAUUUUAAUUACUUGCAAAUUAAGUUACCACAGACUCUGUAGUGUGUAAAUGUUGACAAGGAAUUGGAUCACAAUCAUGUAGCAGAAUGGCACCCAGACCACUGCCCACCAGUGACGGACACCCACGUGGCAGAUCAUGAUUUCCAGCCCACGGAGCCAGCAUUUGAACCUUGUAUAAUUAACUUUCAGUUAUGAUUUCCCAUCGACAUUUUCUUUGCCCUGUUUGUAGCUGAUUGUUGUGUUUUAUAAAUCUUCUGUUAAGGCAGAAGGGUGAUGAUGAGUGGGUCACAGCAGCCCUUAUAUGCUGGGCCAGAUAAUUUCACUAGGUCAGUAAUUUAAACUUUGGAUCUUCAAAAAAUAAUAAUGUGAAGCAAAACCAACUAAAAAGUGAUUCUUGCACAUGAACUGUCACAUGUUUAAAAAUGUGUUUUUUAGAGAGCCUCAGUCUUACUGAUUUCAAACACUUUUUUCUUCUGUGUAUUGCUUUUAAGAGAGCCAUCAGUUAGCUAUCAGACCCUAGGUUGAUGCAUUUUGUACUUAGCUGUACUGUGUGAUAUUUUUCAUUAUUUUAGGAUGCCAACAUGAGACCUGUAAUAAAAUAUGUAAUGGGGUUGAAAGCUGGGGAGGAGGAUCUACUGCUGUACAGCUAAUAAAUCAUAACGGAUUAACAAGUGCU